CAGCGCCCGACCAAGUCACUUCCGCCGUCGACAACAGACUGACCAUGGCUUUAAAGCGCAUCAACAAAGAACUCCUAGACCUCGGCAAGGACCCCCCUGCCAACUGCUCGGCUGGCCCCGUCGGUGACGACCUCUUCCACUGGCAAGCGACCAUCAUGGGUCCGGAAGACUCGCCCUACUCUGGCGGCGUGUACUUCUUGAACAUCCACUUCCCCGCAGAUUACCCGUUCAAGCCCCCGAAAGUCAACUUCACGACGCGCAUCUACCAUUGCAACAUCAACGCCAACGGCGGGAUCUGCUUAGACAUCUUGAAGGACCAAUGGAGCCCUGCCCUCACCAUCUCCAAAGUGCUCCUUUCGAUCUGCUCGUUGUUGACGGACGCGAACCCAGAUGAUCCGCUUGUUCCCGAGAUCGCCCAGAUUUAUAGAACAGACCGCGCCAAGCACGAUGGCACCGCACGAGAGUGGACCGCCAAGUACGCCAUGUAGACUUGCGCUUCGGCGCAAAGAAAUGUAGUCAAGGGGUCGAUUGGGGAAACGAGUGUGAAAGAUGGGGACGAACGUGUAGUGGUGCAACAGGUUCGGAUGUGGGGACACGGCGGUGCCACGAGGUGCUGAAGGCAGGCAGAUUUGUCCGUCCUGCUGAUCCAGUCGUGCUUGCUUCCACCUCUGCGUAUCCAUGCUUGUCGUAUAACUUCGAUUUAACUAUUUGAUCCCA